AUGAUCCGACAUUGCGGUUUAUUGGAAUUUCCCGCGGUGGGAGAUAGCUUGUCUUGGCGCGGCUGGUGGGAUAAGAAACCCAUUCGAUGCCGCCUUGAUCGAGCAUUAGCUAACGAAAAACUCCAUGAUAUGUUCAGUGACUCUUUCACGGAAUACUUACCCAUGAUAGCCUUGGAUCACAAACCGGUUUUGGCUUCUCUUGAGGAUAAAACCCGAAGAGGGAGAAGCAGCUUCCGUUUUGAUCGACGGUGGCUUGACAAAGAAGGUUUAUUUGGUGCCAUUGCAGAAGGAUGGGAUUCGGGGGCAGCGGGGACAUCUGGCAACUUACCGGACAAGAUUCUUAAAUGUCGUCAAGCAAUUUCUCAAUGGCAGAAAACACAGGUUCCAUAUGGGCGGGAAACAAUUGAAGAUUUAAAGACCAGCUUGGCGACUGCUCAGGCGGACGAUUCAGUAUCUGUUGAAGUUAUCUUGGAACUAUCUUGGAAACUGCGUGAGGCUUAUCGGGACGAAGAGAUUUACUGGUAUCAGAAAAGUAGGAGUCGGUGGAUGCGUCUUGGGGAUCAAAAUACUAGUUAUUUCCACGCCCAGACAAAACAAAGACGAGCUAAGAAUCGCAUUGUUGGUCUUCAUGAUGAGGCGGGACAUUGGGUUAUGGAGGAGAGACAGGUUCAGGGCAUCGAUGCCUCCUAUUUUCAAGAGUUAUUCACAUCCACAGAGCCUUCAAAUUUUGAGGAAACAUUGGAUGAAGUUUGUACGUCUAUUACGGAUGAAAUUAAUGAGGCACUAACGUGUCCUGUAACAUAA